AAGAUAAUGAAAAACCAACCUACAAUUAUAUCUUAGCAAACACUCCUCCAAUAAUGGCAACGUAUCAUCUACUGUCGUGGGGUGCUAAUUCUCACGGACAAUUAGGACAUGGUAUGAAAUCGGAACAAUGUAUCCUUCCACAAGAAAUCGAUUUAUCAUCGUAUUCUUUUAAACCAGAGGAUAUUCAAAAGAUCGUUGGCGGUGCUGGACAUUCGUUGAUUUUAAAUAAAAAUGGACACGUUUAUUCCUGCGGAUGGAAUAAUAAAGGACAAUUAGGUCAGCCUGAAAAAGAAGAUAAAUUAAAUUUCGAGAGAAUACGUGGAAUAUUAGAAAAUGAAAUCAUUGUUGAUAUCGCUUGUGGAUGGGACUCUUCCGCAGCAUUAACAAACCAAGGCAAAUUAUAUAUGUGGGGUUCAAAUAAUUUUGGACAAUUAGGAAUCGAUCCUUCUACCCUCCGUCAUUCUUAUGAACCUAUUGAAACGAUGCCUUGCGAAAAAAUUAAGCGAGUUGCAAUGGGUUUAAGACACACUGCUGUAAUAACCCAAGAUCAUCGAAUCUUUGUAUGCGGUGCUGCUGGCAAAGGACAAUUAGGUCUUAAAGAUAAUUCGAAUGAGAGCAUAGACAGGAGAAACCAACAUAAUUUUUAUCCUUUUACACUUAUUUCAGAAUUGAAAAAUGUAGCGGAUGUUUCAUGUGGACAACAUCAUACUGUGGUAGCCACAGAUAAAGCAGAAAUAUAUGUCUUUGGUGCGAAUAAUUACGGACAAUUGGGCAUUGAUAAUGAACUUUUUUCAACUAUAUCUUCACCAACAAAAUUAACUACUGUACAUUUUAAUUUGGCAAUUGAAACGUAUACAGGAUGGACGCAUACAAUUAUCUUGACUGAUAAUAAGCUCUUUGCUUGGGGUAGAAAUACCUACGGUCAAUUAGGGGAAAACAGGACGAACCCUUGGAAAGCAGACCUAAUAAAAAAUAUACCUAAAAUACAUCAACUUUCAGUUGGUUCACAGCAUAAUAUAGCUCUUACCGAUGAAAAAACUGUAUUGUGCUGGGGUUGGAAUGAGCAUGGAAAUUGUGGAACCGGGGACAUUAACGAUGUUCUAUUACCAAGACAAGUUUCAUUACCAUCAAAUUCAGAAGGAAUCUUAGUUGGAACUGGCGCAGGACAUUCAUUCGCUGUAAUAAGAAAAAAAAAAUUCGAUAGCGAACAGGAAGCAAAAUUUGUGAACGAUCGAAUAGCAAGCGUUGAAAAACAUUUUUCCGAAUUAUGUGCAAUAUUUGCGGCGUUCAUCAGAAAAGCAGCAAGAUUACGAGACAAAAACGACGAAGUUGCAAAAACGAUCCAUACUUAUGCCGAAUCAGAAUUAAUAAACCGAUCGUUAAAACACGGCCUUCUAAAUUUUUCCGCAACAUUAUCCGCUAUAGGUGAUUACAGGGACGCUCAAGUUCAAAGACUAGAUGCAAAAGUAACAGCACCAUUAUCUCAGUAUGCAACGAUUUGCAAACACGCGCGCGAUGACGUUAAGAAUACUUUUGCAGCACGCGAUAAGGAACUUACAAAGAGAAAACAACUGGAUAGAAUUAGAGAAAAAAAUCCAAGAAAUCGACAGAUGAUCUCACAAGCGGAAUCGGAAUUGAUGAAAGCAGCCGUCGAGGUUUCCAGGGUGAUUAAAGGCUUGGAAGAACAAAUCGAUUCUUUCGAACGACGAAAAUUACACGAUCUUAAGAGCAUACUCUUGGAUUUUGUUACGAUCGAAAUGAGUUUUCAUACGAAAGCUAUUGAACUUCUUACUAAGGCGUAUCAGGAUAUUGCUGACAUAAACGAAACUAAAGAUCUUGAAGAAUUUCGAGAAACUAUGCGCGUGCCCGAUUCUAUUACAAGAUUGGAUACUGUUCGAAGAAUGUCUUUUCGACAAGCUUAUUCUCUUUCAAACUUGGCAAGUCGAUUUACAUCCUCUCCUAAGAUUCCGCAAAAGUCUCCUCACGAUCGAACGACAGAACUAGCUGAUUCUCUGAAAACCGGUUUUACUAAUUCUUCCGAAUCCAUACAAGUGGAAGAAUAUGGAAACAGCUCGGAAGAAACGGAUUCUGAAUCGUUUCAAGAAAAACCACCAGUGAGAACUAGGCACAAAUCUAUGUAAGCUUUCACUCAUCUUUCUAA